GAGCGGGAGAUGACCCUUCAGGAGUCGGAGGAGGAGAUCGUCCUGGCUCCCGUGCCCGUCGAGUCCUUCCUGAGGGGACUCUCCGCCUUCGAGCACAAGUUCAACGCGCGGCUGCGCCGCCUGCUGGACAAGUACCACUCGCGCAAGUACAAGAGGGAGCGCAGGCAGGUGGAGUGGGCCCAGUUUAUGCGCAAGCAGCCCAACAUGGACAGAACGGACCCCCGCGACGAGGAGCUGAUCCGCGAGGCCGAGCAGACCAUCGGCGACUACAAGCUCAAGUCCGACGAGGACUACAAGGUGCCCGCGCACCAGGUCGUCACCACCGUCAUCAAGUACCAGCAGCUGCUGCAGGUGCGCAAGCAGCUGGACGACCUGGUGGGCUCGUUCAACGCGGAGGUGGUGGCUCUCCGGCAGCGCAAGGCCGACCUCCGCGAGCGCAUGACCGCCCAGGCGGCGCAGCUCGCCAGGAUCCACCGGGAGCUGCCACCUCACCUCCGCGUCGACGCCCCGGAGCCGCCGCAGCUGGACCUCAUAGCCGAGUACCCGGAACGCCAAUACGAGAUCUCGGAGGAGGAGAUCGAGGCGGAGAUGGACCGCGCCGCACCAUCCCGCCGCCAGGGCAGGGGCUUCAAGUCGAUCAUGGAGAUCGUUCCGCACGCAGUGGACGCGGAGCUGGAGGUGCUGCGCGGGCCGAGGGACGCCGUGCUAGAGAUCGGCGAGCACGAGUCCCUGCCCAAGCUGGUGGAGGCGCUGACGGGGGGCGCCACUGCUGCCGGCAGCAGCGCUUCCGAGCUGCAGCGCGUGGACUCGGAGAUGGACAUGAACACGCUGCGCGCACUGGGGCAGGACGACGCCGUCAACACCGCCUGGGAGGACGAGAUGCGCGCCCAGCGCCUCGUCAGGAUGGUGUGGGAGCAGCGCUGCCUCGUCGACCAGAUGGACCGCGACGUGGACGCGGUGGACGCGGCCGUGGGCGCGCUCGCGGCCCGCCGCCUCGAGGUGCAGCGCGACGCCACCCUGCUGCGCCACCACCUGCUCGUGCUGCACCAGGAGCUCGUCAUCAUCAAGGCCUGUGAGGAGCGGGAGGAGUCGCUCACGGCCCGGGUGACCGACAAGGACAUGGCCUGGCGGGCGGUGCAGAACGAGAUCAACACCAUCCAGAACAAGCUCGACGCCAAGGCGCGCGACAUUGUGCGCUGCCAAGAGAAGGAGAAGGAACUGCAGCUUGCCUUCGUCGAGGCUGUGGGUGACAACCCGUUCGUAGACUACCUCAAGAAGAUAUUCAAGAAGAAGUACAAGCCGCCGAAAGCGUCUGACGCUGAUUCCAGCGACGAGACGUCGUCGUCCUCGUCCUCCAGCGAGGACGACGACGAGGACGAAGGCGCAAGCCUGGACUCCAACGAGCUGGGACCCGUGCGCUACGACGACACGGCGUGCCCUCCCGGGUGCUCCCAAGAGAUGUUCGACCUCACACUCCGACUGCGCGCUCAGAGGCACGAGACGGAGAAAGACGUUGUAGACCUGCAGAAGGACGUGGAACACCUGCGCCGGGAGCAGGAGACGGCCGCCAAGCGUCUGAUAAAGGCCGACGAGGACCGUCAAAAGAAUCAAACGGCCCUCGAGGAGUUUCGGCGUGAGAAACAGCAGAAGCUCAACGAGGUGGAGACCCUCGUCGUGCUCAAGCUCAGUCAGCUGCAGCACUCCAAGGCCGGCGCCCAGACCAAGCCCAACGCCAAGAUGCCCCACUUCGAGCUGCUCAAGAACACCCUGGUGUUCAACACGGCCGUGCUCGCCGACCUGGACCGACGGAAGCAGCAACUGGACGACGAGGCGAAGGCACAACGCGCCAAACACAAGAAGAACCGCACUCACCUGCACCGCAUGGUGGUGGACGUGCGCUUCAUGCGGGACCGCCUCAAGUCGCUGCGGGAGCAGAUCGAGGAGGCCCAGUACCGCAAGUUCGGCUGCGUCGUCGACAUGACGGAGCUGGAGCAGGCGCUGCUCAAGCGCUUCAUCUGGGACCUGCGCAGCUCCGCGGACGAGAUCCGCAACGAGUUCCUCGGCCUCAUCGACACGAUCCGCGCCGACGUGCGCGCCAAGUUCGACGAGUUCAAGCGCGCCAUCGAGCAGAACACGGAGCGGCAGAACCUGCUGCUCGUGCUGCUCGGCGAGCGCAACAGGCUGCGCGCCGCCGUCGCGCGCCAGGACAGGAGCCUGGAGGUGGUGGACGCGGAGGAGGGGCCGUUCGACGAGGACAUCUCCGCGCUGCAGUCGCUGCUCAGGACCCUGACGGCGCGGCGCGACGCGCUCCUCGCCGAGGCCAUGCGCCUCCGGCAGAAGGGCCCCCUGCCGCCGCUGGUGCGGCCGGGGUCGGCUCGCGACGCGCCCACCGCGCCGGGGCCGUCCGCCUACCACGCGGGCUGCGCGCCCGAGCCGGUGCCGCCGCCCCCAGGGCCCUGGCCCCCCGCCUGCGUCACUGCGCUCAAGUACCCGAUGUUCCUGGGCGGGAGGCCGCCCGCGGUCCGCGAGGAGUCCGGCGUGGGCAGCAGCACGGCGCGGUCGCUGGCGGUGCGGCGCGAGGCGGUGCGGGAGCAGCUGGCCGCCGUGGAGGACGGCGCCGUGGUGGUGCGCCACCCGAACCCGCUGCAGCGCCGCAGCGCGUCGCUGGACUCGGUGGCGCCGGCGGGUCCCGGCUUCCUGUGCGCCGACAUGAGGGCCAUCCCGGCCAUCCCCUCGGAGGAGGAGCUCAUGGCGGCGGGACCGCCCGCGCCGCCCGGCGAGCAGGACGCCGUCGGCGAACGCCUCGGCGGCGAGGAUGGCGGUGACUCCGAGGCUUCGCAGGACGAGGCCGACAUCGAAGAGCUGUGGCGGCGGGCGUCCUCCACCGCGGAGAAGGACGCCAUCGACGUCGUCGACGGCUUCCUGGAGAGGCUCGGGUCUCGCGACGGGGGCACCUCCAUGAUGGAGGUUGAACCCGGCGGCCAGAGCCCCACCUCCAACGAUGCAGAGCAGGUCGCCCCCGAUAUCAACGCGGCGCCCGACGUCGACGCGGUGCCCGACGUUGACGACGGCAUUGAGCUGGUUAAGGCCCCAACGUCGCCCCGCCCUGGAUCCUCGGACGACGAUGUGGAGCAGAGUUAACAAUCACAACAGGGAAAUCUAGCGUUUUACUAUCUCGACUUGGCUGUUAUCGGCUGCUACAAUACAAAACAUUGACGUGUGUC